CUCAUUUGAGACCCAUUUGGCCUUGCUGGCUGGGAUGGUAAAAGAAGGCUCCUUUUCUGGCUUGAUGUUUAUGUUUUGUUUUGUUUUUUACAACGAGGUGUAACGGCUUUACAGACAGAUGAAACAAAUGAUCAUUUCAGAAGGUUGGGCAGGCUUGAGACAGAAACAUUCAAACCUGAUGAAAAUCGGAUUUCAUCCCAAAUUCUAUCAUUUUAUUUUACAUUUUUAAAGUUUCUGAAACUCUGUGAAAUGUCAAAACCUGCAGUAUUUCUGCGAUGUUCUGCUCCCAGACUCAUUACAGAGAUUUCCUCCUUCACAGUUUUGUUUUCAGCCUCAUUCCCUCUGUCACAAAGCACAAAGCCAUCCUGUACAUUACAGCAUCUCUGCACCUGAGGGAGAGCUGAGGCUGCUAUCACCUUUCACCCCUCACGGGUGUAAUGGCACAUCGGGGAGUGCAGACUCUAUGGAUGGGACGGCUGGAGCAUGAGUGCGACACAGACAGCAAACUUCAUUAAAGAGAAACCUGAAGAAAUGGAGGAGACUGAAAGAGGAGGAAGGAGGAAGAGCCCCUUAAAUUUAACCUUUAGUCUUGACAUUUUAUGCCCACAAAAAAAUCAGAGAAUAUUUCCUUCUCCAGGUAAACGUUCCGUCACAGCUCAGGUUAGAGCUGGAGGAGAAAGGUAUCAAACAAAGACCAUCUACUCAUGCUAUCAUCUCUCCGUCCGCCUCGUUGGGUUUCAUCUCAAAGCUUUACUUUGUCUCCACCGCUCGACAAUAGGUUGAAGCUGUGAGAACAAAUGCCACUGAAAGAACAGUGUCAUGAAAGAAAAAGCUGCUCCUUUUCAUACUGGGUCAGACUCCCGCCUCUCUGUCGUCGCUGUUGGACAGAAACUUUAAUAAGAGGAAUAAUAAGAGGGACAGGCGUGUGUACCGUAUAAAAGACGACUACGACUUCCCAGACUUCAUGAGGUUGUGUGUUUGUUUUUGUUUUUUUGGACUUGACUGGAUUCUGACUUUGCUUUUGAGUGGUUGCUAUGAUGAAGCUGGCUCCAUCCUGUCGCCUCUUUCUGCUCAUCCUGCUUAGUGUUAUCCUGACAGGCGUCCAUGGAGGCAGAAUCAUCGGCGGUACGGUGGUCCAGCCUCAUUCCAUCAAGUACCAAGCCUCGCUGCUUUACAGAGACUCCCACUUCUGUGGAGGAACCCUGAUAGACCCUCAGUGGGUGGUGUCUGCUGCCCACUGCUGGAGACCGAGCUACAUGAUUAAAGUGGUUCUGGGCAAACAUAACCUUAAUGUGGUGGAGGAAACAGACCAGAUAUUUAGUGUCUCAUUAAUCGUCAAACAUUACCAGUACAAUUACUGGAUACUUGACAAUGACAUCAUGCUGCUUAAGCUGGACCGUCCAGCAAAGAUUGGCGACACGGUGAGGCCAGCCCUCCUCCCAGUGAAGAACGCACCCCCUUUAGAAAACUUCUCCCGGUGUACCGUCAGCGGCUGGGGGGUGACGGGCCUCUACAGUCAGAGUCUGUCCUCUGAACUGAUGUCUGUGGAUGUGGAUUACUUCUCCGACUGCUGGAGCUUCUACUACUACUACUCCUUCAUGAUCACCAACAACAUGAUGUGUGCCGGCUCUCGGGACGGCGGGAAGGACUCCUGUCAGGGGGAUUCGGGAGGCCCGCUUUUCUGCAACGGUAAAUUCGAGGGCAUCGUGUCCUGGGGCAUUGGCUGUGGGUACGCGUCCUAUCCUGGCGUUUACACCAAGGUCAGAAACUACCUCGUCUGGAUUGACCAGGUCAUGCAGAGCAGCCCAUGAUUCCUCAAAUCACAAGAAAGAGCUGAAAACAUUUCAACUGGUCCAAAAUUUUUUUUUUUACUUUUAUCUUGUAUUCUGAGACUUUCCUGAUAAUUUCUCUUUAAACUUCUGUUAAAUCUGUAAAGUGAUCUUGUUUUAAAUUCUGUUUCUGUAUUUCUAACAUUUCUGUUAAAUAUUAAAUGGACCUCCUGAUGCUUUCUGUCUGCAUCCUUCAUUUUUCUUUAACCGUAUAAAUAAAGAUUCAUAUUUGGUCAGACUUCAUUUUUUUCCUCUUUUG